AUGACCGUGGUACAUCCAACGAUCUGCUCGGUUUGUCUGAGGGAAAACUUCACCGGUUUCCGGUAUCGGUGCCAGCGGUGUCACGCCUAUCAGCUGUGUCAGGAUUGCUUCUGGCAGGGUCGGGUCUCGUUGAACCAUCAGAACGAUCACGAGGUAAAAGAGUAUUCUAGUUACAAGAGUCCUAGCAAACAGAUCGGACACUCGCUGCGAAAAAGCUUCCGCUGUGUGCCGGAAAAACCGAAUCAGGUGCUACCGAGGUUCCCGGAACAGCCGGAAAAGACACUGAACCUGUCCCACAUUGUGCCACCCUCGCCACUUCCAUCACACAAUGGGUUCUCCGAUGGGGGAAUGAUCCCGGGGAUGUACGAUCGUAGCAGUACCUUGGAUUCGAGGGGCACUGGAUUGUCUCUGGACAGUAAUGGGACCUCGUUGACGCGAGGUGGUGGUGGCGGGGCGAAUUCGAACGAUGAAGAGCACAGGCUUAUCGCGAGGUAUGCCGCGAGACUCGCUCAGGAAAGUCGAACGCCCGGUGGGUCCGCCCCGGAUCCGGUGCAGAUCGGCCUGGACAGUUCCCGGGCCCAGCGGGAACUCAUAAUGCAGCUCGAAUCCAAAAACAAAGAAAUCAUGCGUGAAAUCCAAAAACUCCGCCGGCAGCAGGAAUCGGAACAGGUUGCGCCCGAAAGUCCGGCCCUCAUGAGUGAACUGCGAGCCCUGCGGCAACGGAAGGGCGAACUGGAAGGUCAUCUCGGAGCAUUGCAGGACUCUCGACGGCAGCUAAUGGGCCAACUUGAAGGUCUGAUGCGGAUGCUUAAGAAUCACCAAACCCAGAGCCCUCGCUCUACGCCCAAUUCUAGUCCACGGUCCGGCAAAAGUCCGCCACUUCCACAAGGUCCGCAAAUUCCGAAUCAACUCCGGGGGCCCGCGUUACCUCAGAAUGUGCCACCCCACCUGCAGCAGAGCAUUCUCCAGCAACAGCAGCAGGCCCUCCUCAUGAACAGUCAUCACCAGGAACCUCCGGGUAUGGGCCAUCCGCAUCCGAUGGACAUGCGAGGAUACGUUCACAAUGGGAAUAACAAUGGCAUGCCCGGAAGUCGCCUGCCGCUGGGAGCAGUACCCGGAUUGGUACCGGGCAAUCGAAACGAUUUGCACUACGCCGCCGAUUCGGUCUCGUCGGCGAUGAGCUCGCUAGUGCGUGAGCUCAACUCAGAGGAUUCCGACGAAGAGUAUGGCAUGCAACUUCAUGCCAGGCAGUUAGACUUUGACGAAAUGCAGAUGGUCGGUCACGAUUGGAGCGAUAAGGACAACGCACAGUGGCAGGAGCAGUUUGCCCAGUGGAGCCUGAACUCUCAGAACCACCAGUAAAGGGGGCCAAUAAGCGUGUUCCGAAACUACUGGAAACUCGAAGCAGCGUGGCGGACCCGGAUGCAGACGCAGACGAAGAGGAAGAAAGCGAAUCCUUAAACUAAUAAGCAUCAGGGCGAACCUAACCGAAUGCCUAAAUAAGCAAAAAAUGCGUCACGACAUCACUCAUCUUCACAGCAAUUCUUCUAAAUCUAUUCUAAAACAAAAAACAUUCCAUAUUAGUGCAGCAGUGGUCGAAAGAAAUAAGCUUUAUCGAUAGCAUGAGUCAACAAAAAAAAAGGUUUAAAAUACACAAAAUAGCUUAAUCAGAUUUUUCCGGCAAAUGGCAACCAUUCCAUAUCACUAAAAAUAAUAGAAGUUGAACUAGACAGCAUACAAUUGAAAAACCACUUUAAAGAAACACAUCCCACACACACAAACACACAACUACAUAAUCGUCUUAUUAAAACAAAACAAAAAGAAACGUGUAACGUGAGUGCUUUUUAGCAAGAAGGAGAGAUAGAAUUAAUCAAAUUGCUAAUCGAAUGCUUAACUCUCAUUCAAAGAUGUUUGAAACCUGAAAAAAAUUGUAGCAAUAUUAUUUGUGCUGUUUUUUUUUUUUACUUUUUUGGGAUAACUUGUCCCGGGAACACUGUUACGAGCACUCGAAUCCAACUCGAAAACUGGUUACACUGCUAGUUCGUUACAUAAGUUAUCUUCUAUAUGUAUAGGUAUAUGAUAAUUCGCAAGCCAUUAUAAUCGUUAAUUAAUGCAUGAUCACAAGUCAACGAUUCCGUCGAUCGAACAGAUGUUUGUGUACUUAAAAACCGCUCGAUAGGUUUAUUUAUUUCCUUUAGU